GACUACCACCCCAGCAGCGACCUUGACCGCGCCGACAUCCAGUACGUCUCCCCACGUGACCGGUACUCGGCCGACGAAGCUCUCCGUGCCCUCAGCGACUCUCGCACAGACAUGAACCCGUACGGGAAGGUUCCACCCAUACCCCGCUCCAGCGAAGGCGAGCACCCUUCUUCUGCACCGCCCGAUCAGGGAGGAAGUUACAUGGACUCGUACCUGAGAGAGAAGGCGAGACAGGGAGAGAGACCGUGGUACCGGGUGUACGGACUAAAGGACUACCGCAAGAUGCAGAAGGAAGUGAGGCUGGGAACGCUGGGACCUGAUCUAGAUACUGUGGAGAAGAAGGAGAGGAAAGAGAAGGUGAGCCGACAGAACGAGUACGCCAAACAGGUGAUGGAGAAGAACAGGACGGAACUGGUCAAGAAAAAACCUCCCGCUUUUCCCAGGCCUAAGGAGGAUGAUGACAUCAUCAACAAGGCCCGAGUGGCCAAAGAGUACGCCAAGACGGUGCCGAAGCCCACGGUGAAGGCUCACCCCACACAGUUCAACAGCUACGAGCUGUCCUCCGAGCAGUCGCCGAUCGCCAAACAUCACAAGACGCCGUCGGAGGCGGGCUCACCCACGGGGAGUCAGAGGAUGCUGGGCAAAAGUCCUUCACAGAAAAACAACAAGAAGCCGCAGAAAGAGAUGGACGUCCUUGACAUUGAGAAGUUACGACAGCGCUACGAGGAAGACAAGCAGAACGAGGCUUUGAUACGCAGAAACUCUGCGACAAACAGGGACUACUACUGACACACUGGCGCACGCACAUAGACACAUGCACAGACACACACGCACAGACCCACAUGCCCACACACACACACACACUCACACACACACACACACACACACACAGCCUCCACCAUCAAUGUCUUUCUCCUUGAGUCUACACCAACCAAUCAAAUGUUGUUCAGCCUCAGACUUCCAUGCUGUCCGUUCCAUCGCUGGACCGACGUCACUUUCCUUGUUGUAGGAAUGGAAAAAAAGUGGAAUGUGUCGCGACGUGGUGGUAUCAGGCGCUUGGCAAUUUUUAAGGAUGUAGGGUUACGGGUUUGAUCUUAAAGCUUGUUCGUUUGCCUUGUUUUUGGUGGAAAAAAUAUCCAUCUAUGUUGAAAAG